UGCGGUCAACUUCAUGUCAGUCGGUCAUAUGAUUGUCUCGCGAAAAGAGGGCGAGUCCGAUAUUUCGUGCUCCGUUUUAUUUUCGACUCAACCCCGCUUCGUCUCUCGUUCGUAUUAUUGUCAUUCCUCUGAAAUAAAAUAAAAUCAAAUAACUGAUCAACAUGAAAGGCUGCAUAUUCAAUAUCGACGGGGGUUAUUUGGAAGGUUUGUGCCGAGGUUUCAAAUGCGGUAUACUCCAGCAGAACGAUUAUCUCAAUUUGGUCCAGUGCGAGACACUCGAAGACUUGAAACUCCACCUUGCUGGCACUGAUUAUGGCAGUUUCUUGGCUAAUGAGCCAUCACCCUUGGCUGUCAGUGUCAUCGAUGAUAAACUCAGAGAAAAGUUGGUCAUAGAAUUCCAACAUAUGCGAAACCACUCGGUCGAGCCAUUGUCCCAAUUUUUGGACUUUAUCACUUAUAGCUACAUGAUCGACAAUAUAAUAUUAUUGAUCACUGGAACUCUUCAUCAGAGGCCUAUUUCCGAGCUCAUUCCAAAAUGUCAUCCUCUUGGAAGUUUUGAGCAAAUGGAAGCCAUUCAUGUCGCUGCUACUCCAGCUGAACUCUAUAAUGCAGUGCUCGUCGAUACUCCAUUGGCCCCCUUUUUCGUGGAUUGUAUUUCUGAGCAGGAUUUGGAUGAGAUGAACAUUGAGAUCAUCAGAAAUACUCUUUACAAAGCUUAUCUCGAAGCUUUCUACAAGUUUUGCAAGGACAUAGGCGGUACGACCGCGGACACAAUGUGUGAGAUCCUUGCCUUUGAAGCAGACAGGAGAGCCAUAAUCAUAACGAUAAAUUCGUUCGGUACGGAACUGGGGAAAGAUGAUCGUGCGAAACUUUAUCCGCGCUGUGGUCGCUUGAAUCCUGAUGGUCUGGCAGCCCUCGCGCGAGCCGACGAUUAUGAGCAAGUUAAGGCUGUUGCAGAGUAUUACGCUGAAUACAGCGCUCUCUUCGAAGGCGCAGGAAACAACCCAGGCGAUAAAACCCUCGAGGACAAAUUUUUCGAAUACGAGGUGCGCUUAAACGUACACGCGUUCCUCCAGCAAUUUCAUUUCGGGGUGUUCUAUAGUUAUUUGAAACUGAAGGAACAAGAGUGUCGCAACAUCGUAUGGAUUUCGGAAUGCGUAGCUCAAAAACAUCGUGCAAAAAUCGACAAUUAUAUACCAAUCUUCUAAUCAUAGAACAUACCGAUAUGGCAGAGAAGGCCAAUAUCGAUAUCAUUUCAUCGUAUGUAUUAUCGUAAUUUUCUGGUUUUUUUUCUUUCAUUCCCAACGAGCGUGAUUACCGAAAUUCGCCACUUUCGAUCAGCAAAAAUUCAUCAGAUUUGUUAGUCACGGAAAAAGAUGCUACCGCGCCAAGUCGAAAACUGAUCGAUUUGCGCUUUAUAAAUUAAAAAAAGAAACAAGAAAAAAAUAGCGGAACACUUUAAUUGAAGGUUGCUUAUGAAAAAAGAAACAAUAGAAAAAAAAAACACCCUGAACAAUAAUUCAGCUUGCAUCAUUAGAACUCAACGGAAAAAUUUCUUUGGAUCCAUUUCUCCUUAAAUUCUGGUCAUUAUGGAGCCAUAAAGUUUACAGCAACUUUUUGAUGCUGUGCUACAACUCUCUAGACAAAUAUCCAACAAUAAUGUUGAUUAUGGCAAAAAAUGAAACAUUUCCGUUGCCAUUCAAUGAUCGAAACUUCUGUUCGCCUACAUGACAAAUAAUUAUUCGAAAAAUGGAUUUGCUGUCGCACGUAUGACCGUCGAUAAUUCGAUAUCGAGGGAUGAUUAUCGAAAUUUCAAUUCACGCUCGUGUUGGAUUUAAUAAAUUGAUGUAUAUAGUGUUGUAUCUUAUUAUAAUAUACCGUGAAGAUAAGAAAAAAAAGAAAAAUAUCACAUAUAUAGUAUUAUAUUCCACGGCAGAAAAAAAAUUGUUAAUUUAUUAGAUGUAAAAUGUUAAAAUUAAUAAAAUUGCGAUGCAUUCCACUCUAGCUCGUGGUUAUCGAGCUUGCGAAUGUCCGAAUUCCCCA